UUUAAGCUGCUGUAUCAGUUUACAUAAUCGAAGUGGUUUGCAAGACCGGCUAUUGUUAUCUCGACCACUGUACAAACAAGAUGUCAUUCAUUAGAAUGAUCCGGUUUUCUAUUUUGAGGCGUUUUUCCUCUACGGCAGUUAAACCGUUUGAUCAAAUGCCAGGCCCUAAAAGGGUGCCUUUGUUAGGAACAUUAUGGAAAUAUUUUCCUUAUAUAGGGGAUUAUGACUUUAACAAGUUGACUGAUGUUGGAUUUAUGAAACUCAAACAAUACGGUAGUGUUGUACGUGAAGAGUUCGGCUCAGGAAUUUUCAUCGUUAACGUUUUCGAACCCGAAGACAUUGAAAUGGUGUACAAAAAUGAAGGAAAGUUUCCAUCGAGACGAAGUCACCUUGCCUUGCAGCACUAUAGGGAAGCCAGGCCUCACUUAUACAAUACGGGCGGCUUGCUCCCUGUGAAUGGCAGUGAGUGGUGGAGGAUAAGGAGCAACUUCCAAAAAUCCUUGAGCAAAAUCAAAGCAGUCAGAGCAUUAAUACCCAAAAAUGAAGAGAUUUUUGAUGAAUUUUUCGAUAAGUUUGUAAAGCCUGGAGUACCUAAUAACAAUUUUCUCAGCGAAAUAUCUCGUCUCAAUAUUGAAUUAACGUGGAUGCUGUUGUUUGGGGAACGACUUGGUGCUUUUGAGGACAAAAAUUUGCAUCCAGACUCAAUUCCUUCUCGUUUAAUGUCAAAAGCUGAACUAGUAAACCAUAUCAUUAUUGCAACAGACAGUACUGAAACUUUUUGGAAAAUAGUUAAAACAAAACCUUACAAGCAAAUGGAGGAGGCUUUUGAUUUUAUUGAAAAGACAAUUUAUCCUCAAUUGAAGAAAACUCAUGAUCGUGUUAUGAAUAAAAAAUGUGAUGUAAAUGAGGAAAAAUGUUUAAUUGAACAAUAUUUUGAAAACCCUGCUAUUGACUUUAAAGAUGUUUUCGGGAUGGUAGUUGAUUUAAUUCUUGGCGGAGUUGACACUACUUCAUAUACAUCCAGCUUUAUUGUUUACCAUCUAGCCAAUAACGAAAGAGCACAAAGGAGGUUAAACGAAGAAGCUUCUAGGCUAUGUAAUAAUUCUCCAAUCACAUCAGAAAUUUUAAAUGAGGCUAACUAUGCACGUGCUGUCCUUAAGGAAAGUCUGAGGCUCAAUCCGAUUGCAAUUGGUAUCAGUAGAAUCCUUGACAAUGAUACAAUUCUCGGAGGGUUCUUGGUUCCAAGAGAGACAGUAGUUUUUACACAGAAUUGGGUUGCGUGCCGGCAGGAAAAACAUUUUAAAAAUGCAAAUUCUUUUAUUCCUGAACGUUGGGUAAAAGGAUCUGAGGAGUACACAUUUGUGUCACCAUUCCUCAUUUUACCGUUCAGCCAUGGAACCAGGACAUGCAUCGCUAGAAGACUCGCAGAACAGAACUUACUGACAUUUAUACUAAAGAUUGGUAAUAAAUAUAACUUAAAAUGGCUGGGUGCAAAGCUUGGAGUUGUGACACCACUUAUUUGCAAGCCUGACAGCCCUGUACAAGUAUUAUUUACAACGAAAAAUGGACAAUCAUAACCAGGAAAUAAGAGACCCAAUUGAUUUAAAUGAUCUUAUAAUAGAAAAUAUUUAUUAUUAUUACCUAUGUUUAGAUUUUUAAAAAAUUAAUUCUUUCACCUUGAAUUUCAAAAAUUAUUUUAAUACUUCCAUUAAAUCAGUGUGGAUUUUUUAAUGUUUACAUUUUUAUCAAUACUGACAAACAAGUAAUUAAUCGUUUAUUAAAAUGAUAUGUAAAUGAAUUGGGAUUCAAGGUUAAAAAAGAGUGAAUUAAAAAAUUAAAAAUUCUUUUAUUUAUAAAAUAUAGAUUAAAAUACCAAAAUGAGAACUUUGUACAGAUUUUAUGUAAUAAAAGUUUGCACAGUAGA